AUGCAUUUUGGGCUUACUAUAUCCACCACCACCAUCACGUUUCCUACUGCUAACACUAACCCUCAUCGUCAUCAUCACGUCGUCUUAUGUUCUGAUGGAUGUAGAAUUACACAUUCCUCCCCCAAAACCACGCCUAUUCAUGGGUGGCGCCGCCCACCAUCAACCCAUGUAGAUUAUUCUUUUCUCUUGCUCCACCCCUAUAAUUCCUAUGCCUCCGAUCGCCGUAUAAGUUUUGGCCUUCGCCAUUUUCUUUCCCACACUGAUAGAAAACGUCAUUUCUGCAACUGCAAGAGGGACGGAUUUGUUGAUGAUCAAUCCCAACCUGUUGAUGACGACGACGAUGAUGAUGACCAAUCCUCACAAUUACUGCAAUUUGGCGAUUCUGCCAUUUUAUCCGCUUGUUUCGUUGGCCUGCUCACUGGCUUUGCUGUUGUCCUCUUCAAUUACACGGUACAUGAAAUACGUGACUUGUGCUGGGGUGGAUUCCCAGAUCUAGGUGCCUCAUGGUUAAGAGAGCAACCCAUUGAGGCAAAAUGGGGUCGUUUAAUCUUAGUUCCUGCUUGUGGAGGAAUCAAAUCUGCACUAAAACCAAUUCUGAAAACUUUGGCUGCUUGCGUCACGUUGGGAACGGGGAACGCGUUAGGGCCAGAAGGACCAAGUGUCGAGAUUGGUGUCUCCGUAGCCAAAGGAGUCGGCAGUUUUUUGGAUAAAGGAGCUCAAAGAAAGCUGUCACUCAGGGCUGCAGGAUCAGCCGCUGGAAUUUCUUCUGGAUUCAAUGCUGCCGUUGCCGGUUGUUUUUUUGCUGUGGAAUCAGUCCUGUGGCCGUCACCUGCAGAGUCAUCCUUAUCAUUGACAAAUACAACUUCAAUGGUCAUUCUGAGUGCUGUAAUAGGUUCUGUAAUAUCAGAAAUUGGUUUGGGCUCUGAACCAGCUUUUGCUGUUCCAGUCUAUGAUUUCCGCUCUCCGAGUGAACUGCCACUCUAUCUUUUGCUGGGCAUACUAUGUGGCGUCGUUUCUCUUGGCUUAUCAAGGUCUACAUCUUUUAUGCUGGCUUUCUUUGACGGCGUUCAAAGAUUUGGGGUACCCAAGGCAGCAUUUCCCGUGGUUGGUGGUUUAUCUGUUGGAAUAAUGGCUUUGGCAUAUCCUGAGAUUUUGUACUGGGGAUUUCAGAAUGUAGAUACUUUGUUGGAAUCUCUCCCUUCUACAAACAGCCUUUCUGCUGGUCUUUUGCUUCAGCUGGUGGCUGUGAAAAUAGUGGCAACUUCCUUAUGCAGAGCUUCAGGAUUGGUAGGAGGUUACUAUGCCCCAUCUUUAUUUAUUGGUGCUGGUACAGGAAUGGCAUAUGGGAAAAUUGUUGGUUAUUUGAUUUCCAUAUCCAAUCCCAUCUUUCAUCUUUCUGUCCUGGAAGUUGCUUCGCCUCAAGCAUAUGGCCUGGUUGGCAUGGCUGCUACGCUAGCUGGGGUGUGCCAGGUACCCCUCACUGCAGUUUUGCUUCUUUUUGAACUAACACAAGAUUAUCGAAUUGUUCUGCCACUUUUGGGAGCUGUGGGACUCUCUUCAUGGGUUACAUCGGACAAGACAAGGAAAAGAGUCAUUGAUAAAACCAGCAAAUCGAAAGAUCAAAAUGCUGUAACAACUUCACCAGAGAGAUAUUCUUACAACUCGACUGUUAACUCUACUUCUCCUAAUGUCAACGAACCAAACGGUAAUAGCCUUUGUGAACUCGAGAGUUCACUCUGUCUGAAUGAUGACUCUGAAGAUGAAGCGGAUGACCUGGCAAAUGAAAUCCUGGUUUCACAAGCAAUGAGAACAAAGUAUGUAACUACGCUGAUGAGCACUACCCUAACAGAUGUAGUGUUGCUCAUGCUGGAAGAGAAACAGUCAUGCGCAGUAAUAGUUGAUGAAAACAAUUGGCUCGUUGGUCAGCUAACCCUCAGCGACAUUCAGCAGUUCAUUACAUUGUCAAGGGAGAAAAACAGGAAACCUCAGGUGCUUAGAGUAUCUGAACUGUGUUCCUCUUACGGCAGAAGAUGUUCUGUAUCCUGGACAGCGACACCAAACAUGAGCCUGUUUAAUGCUCUGAAUCUGAUGAAUAGACAUAGUAUAAACCAACUCCCUGUCAUCUUGGAGGAUGGGGUUCGUGGAGGCUGUCCAGUUGGCCUCUUAGACAGAGAAUCCAUUGAUCUUGCUUGCAGAGCAUUUGCAACCCAGGAGGGCCUCAGCUGGUUUUUUGUACAGGAGAAGUUCAACAUUUGAGAAUUCGUGAAUAUACUCUUGUUUGGCAAAUCAUCGGUUCUCAAAAACUCGAGAAUGGACUUUGCUAUAUGGUGAUGAAGCUCAAGCACUUGGCUGAAUGUGUUACCAACCAAUUUAACGUCACAGAGGAAAUUGACAAUUUUUGUUGUAUAGAUAGAUAAUAUAUGGCUGUAUCAUGUUGCAACAAAUUUUGAUCAUUUCCGUCUUUAAGUAAACAGAAAUGGUUGUUCUUGUGAAUUUGUACAGAACCAUUUGUCAUGUUAUUAAAAAAAAUCCCAAUCUUUCUGUCUUCAUGAA